AUGCUACAAGACCCACCACCACCAACCACUCCAACAUUCCCAACACAAUAUUAUUAUGACCAAAAACUUGAUCAUUUCAAUGAUACAAACACCGAAACAUUUAAACAAACAUAUUAUUUCAAUUCAUCAUUCUAUAAAGCAGGCGGGCCAAUAUUUAUCCAUACUGCUGGUGAGGCACGCGCCCAACCAAUUUAUGUAUUUAGUACAGGGAUUAGUGAAUUGGUAGCUAGUCUUAAUGGUUUGUUGGUAACAAUUGAACAUCGGUUUUAUGGCGAUAGUUAUCCACCAUCCAUAACAGAUUUAUCAUUUGACAAUAUAAAGAAUUAUUUAACAAUUGACCAAUCAUUGAAUGAUUUUGUAAAUUUUAUUAAGAAUCCACCAGCAGAAUUGGCAAUUACAGACAAUGCUAAAGCAAAGUGGGUAUUUGUUGGCGGUUCUUAUGCUGGAAAUUUAGCCGUUUGGAUGCGUAAAUUAUACCCGGAUGUUGUAUUUGCCUCUUAUGCUUCUUCAGCACCGUUACUAGCUAAAUUGGAUUUUUUCGAAUACGACCAAAGUAUAGCAAAAGCUUUGUCUAAAUGCAGUCAACAAGUUGCCGAUGUUUUCAAGCUUAUUGAUCCUAUUUUGUUAUCUGGGAAUGAUACAGCAAUAUUGGAGUUAAAAAAACUGUUUGGCUUACAAGAUUUGGUAGAUAAUAGUGACUUUGCUUCUGCACUAUCCAGUCCAAUAUCUGAUAUGGUUCAAUACUAUUUACCAGCAUCUCCUUCAUUCCCAAUUGAUACUAUAAAAGUUUACUGUGAUGCAUUCAAUCAAGCUCCAGCAACAACGACACCAUUUGAAAUAUUUGUUCAGCUUACAAAUUAUUACUUCCAAUUAGUUGGUUUAAACACAACUGAGGCCAUUUUGAAAAAAUUUUCAACAACCGAUUCAUUAACUCUCAAAAUACCAAACGAUCUAACAAGUUACACUUUUCAAUAUUGCACGGAGUUGGGCUACUUUCAAGUUGCACCUAAACCACCUUUACUAAGUCUUCGGUCACAAUUGAAUAACAAUACAUAUUUCCAAGGACAAUGCAACUAUCUAUUUCCAACCUUGCCACCACCAAAUGUCAACAAGACAAAUGAGAAAUUUGGUGGUAAUGAUGGAGUAUUUUCUAAUACUGUUUUUGUUAACGGCGAUCUUGAUCCUUGGUUUGCAUUAACAGUGAAAAAUUUGAAAGAUAAUAAAGUUUUCAUAAUAAAAAAUGGAUCACAUACCAACGAUUUAAAUUUUCCAACUCCUUCUGACUCUCAAUCAUUAAUUGAUUCAAGAGUAUUUGUUAAAGAAACAUUGUCUAAAUGGUUAAAUGUAAAAAAUUAA